CAACCCACUCCAUCCGAAUGACGACUGUGCCUUGGCUCUGCCUGGUGCUCGCCUAUCAAGCUUGCGCGUCACCUGUCAACCCAGCCUCAUCGACAACGUCCUACAAACAGCCUCCUCGAGUCGCUCGAAUCGCGGCGACGAGUAUUGAAAUCGAGAGCCGUCUUCGACCGUCCGAGAGCCCAGCAGCCGACAGGAGUGAACCAUUUCCAUCUUUGAGGCGAUCGCAGGCCGCAACCUAGAUAGACGCCCCAUCUCGCUUCGUCCAGUGGCUUGCGCGGGCACCUAGCCCAACCCGUCCCCGCGACGCGAUAAGAGAUCACCACCAGCCCAUCUCGACAAUUUGGAUCGACCCAAAUCGACACGGGCCCUCCUCUGUCGAGACCAUCCAACCAUGGACUUCGCGCCCUACCAAUCCUCCCCGCCGGAGCACACGCGGUCGCCGGUCGACUCGCCGCGCACGUCGCUCGAGAGGAGGCCGUGGUCGCCCCUGCGGGCCGGCAGCGGGCCCGGGGCCAACAGCUCCGGCGGCGGCGGCGGCGGCUACAACUACGGCCAGCGCAACGACAGCGCCGCCUCGCCGCCGCCCCUACAGCACCCCCAGCCCCAGCGGCAGUGGUCCGGCGGCAUCCCGAGCCCGAGCUACUACCAGCAGGCUAUGGGCGGCAGCGGCGGCGGCGGCCAGGGCGGCGGGGCGGGACAGGACAGUGGCUACUUUGCCGGUAGCAGCAACGGCGGCGGCGUCGGCGGCGGCGUCGGUCUGAGCUCGGGGCCCUGGGGCGACCGCGAGGGCGCCAUGAGCGAGUUCGACACCAGCCUCGGCAUCCGGCUCGACUACGAGGCGUGCCUCGCGUACCUAGCUUUCCCGCCCCUGGGCGCCAUCCUGCUCCUCAUCCUGGAGCGCAAGAGCGACUACGUCCGCUUCCACGCGUGGCAGGCGAGCCUGCUCUUCACCAUCGUCUUCAUCGUCCACCUCGUCUUCUCCUGGUCCCGCUUCCUGAGCUGGCUGUUCUUCAUCGGCGACCUCGCCCUGAUAGCAUUUCUCACGCUCAAGGCGUACCGCGACGCAGACACCCUUGACAGGUUCGAGGUCCCAAUAUUCGGCCCUUUGGCUAGCAGGAUCCUGGACGAUGAGUAAAUGGGCGUUGGCGUGAUGGUGACUGAGGGAAACGGCGUUUUAUCGGGUUGCAUUCGCUUUCUUGCUACUUCUCAUUGUUCUUUUUUCACCAUAUCCUCGUGUCUUUUCUUAUUUCAGUCUGUUUUUCCGUCGCUCUACAUGGGGGUUCUUUUAUCGGAUUCAAGCUUCUACAUCUCUGGGGAUACCUCUACUACUUGUUCAUCCUGUGUUGUGCUGAGGUCUGUUGGCAUGUAGCAUUUACCGCUCUGCUUUUCAAUCAUUUGCUGGGCCCAACGGCUCGAAGAUAUACAUCCUGAUGGUUCAUUAAUGAGCUUUACAGCCAGGCUCCUCAUGUAACUUGUCGAGCCAUGUCGUUUGGCUCGACCAGCCGCAU